AUGGUUCUUUUUAGUUCUAAUAUUCCUAGAGAACAGAGACACAAUUUCAGUGUAAUUCUUGGCAUGAAGGUGGUUGAGAAGCUGGAUAACUAUAUUGGUCUUCCUCUUCCUAUUGGAAAAAAGAAAAUAGUGGCUUUCCAGGAGAUUAUUAACAAUAUGUCAUGCAAAUUAAACAGUUGGACCAAGAGGCUCCUUUCAUUUGGUGGUAAGGAAGUCUUCAUCAAAGCAGUUCUUCAGUCCAUUCCAACAUAUGCGUUGUCGAUCUUUAAGGCUCCUAGAGGUGUGCUGGACGACAUACAAUCAAAGCUGAGUAGAGCUUGGUGGACGGGCAAAGAAAAAGGCAGAUUUUGGGCGAUGGUUCCGUGGAAAACUUUGUGUCACCCGAAAGGUAUGGGUGGAAUUGGCAUAAGGGACAUCAGACUUUUCAACUUGGCUCUUCUGGGGCGGCAAGUCUGGAGGCUUGUUAGUAACAAAGACACCCUGUGUUUUAAAGUCUUAUCGACUAAGUAUUUCCCCGACAACAAUAUCUUUCAUUCCAAGAAGACUGAAAAAGUGUCCUUUACACGAAAUAGCAUUGUGGCUACAGAAAAUAUCCUUAAAGAUGGGUUCGGGUGGCAGGUAGGAAAUGGAAAUAAGAUAAACAUAAGGGAAGACAAUUGGGGGAUAGAAGGCUUAAACGGUGGAACUUUUAAUAUGGAUAUGACCGAUCCGAAUGAUAGUAGUGUGGUUGACCUAUGGAUUAAGGAACAGAAAAGCUGGAACAGGGAUAAAAUCUAUAAGAUGUACUGGCAGGAUUGGGGGGAUAAAAUUUAUAACCUCCCCAUUGGGAGAAUUGACCAUGAUGAUAGAAUAAUAUGGUUUCAUAAUUGUAUGGCUGUUACACCUCAAAGUCUACUUACUUCUGGUUGCUGUUGA